UUUGCAAACGUAUGAAGGAGGUCAAAUGAUCCAUUUCUGUUAACAGCUGGGGGUACUAAGGUAUUAAGAAGUCUAGACUGACAGCCGUCAUGGGGCAAGAACUUGGCACCCCAAGAUGACUGUGAAGCUUUCACCCUAGCCUGACUUUGGCUGUCAAUUACCCUUUACUUCUAGACUGGCCAUCUAGCUAGAUGGAACACCUGUUGACUAGGUAAAGGUAAAAAGCCUUGAAAAAUGCCAGCCAUAAGGAGCUUGAGCCGAGCUGUCAAGCAGGUGCUGCAGAAACCUGGCUGUGGCUGUCAAGUUGCUGUUGUGCCGGUUAGGUGUCUUGGUUUCUCACCACGGCAGGUAGCUUCAGACGCCAGCUUUCACUCAGUGUCAUUCUCGGAAUCCGACCAUCCACGGGUGUUAAUUACAGGGGGACUUGGCCAGCUUGGAGUAGGACUUGCUAAGCUCUUGAGAAAACGCUUUGGAAAGAACAAUGUAAUCCUAUCGGAUAUUAGGAAGCCCCCUGAUAAUGUCUUUCAUAGCGGUCCUUUCAUCUACUCUGACAUUUUGGACUAUAAGAACCUUCGUGAGAUAGUGGUGAACAACCGGAUUACGUGGCUGUUUCAUUACAGCGCUUUGCUCAGCGCUGUUGGGGAAGCCAACGUCCCUUUGGCAAGAUCUGUGAAUAUCACUGGAUUGCACAACAUUCUUGAUAUUGCUGCUGAGCACAGCUUGAGACUCUUUGUCCCCAGCACAAUUGGAGCAUUUGGACCCACGUCCCCUAGGAACCCAACUCCCGAUCUCUGCAUCCAGAGGCCAAGGACAAUCUACGGUGUUUCCAAAGUUCAUGCUGAGCUCAUGGGAGAAUAUUACCAUUACAGGUAUGGACUAGACUUCCGGUGCCUAAGAUACCCUGGUAUUAUCUCAGCUGAUUCCCAGCCUGGUGGGGGAACAACUGAUUACGCUGUCCAAAUCUUCCACGAUGCGAUGAAGACGGGCAAGUUCCAGUGCAACCUCAAACCAGACACCCGCCUCCCAAUGAUGUACAUCGAUGACUGCCUGAGAGCUACCUUGGAGAUCAUGGAAGCCCCUGCUGAAGGGCUGAGCAUGAGGACAUACAACAUCAGCGCCAUGAGUUUUACUCCCGAGGAGCUGGUUCAAGAGGUCCAGAAGCAUAUUCCAGAACUUGAAGUUGCCUACAAAGUAGAUGCUGUCAGACAAGCCAUAGCUGACAGUUGGCCGAUGAUUUUUGAUGACAGCAAUGCUCGCCAAGAUUGGGGAUGGAAACACGAUUAUGAUCUACCAGACCUGGUGAACACCAUGUUCAACUUCCUUGAUUCGACCCGUUCCAUUUCCAGGGUUGCCCAGGUCAACUGACUCUCCAGGUGUGAUGCAGCCUCAAGUGAUAAGCUGGCAAGACCUGGGCAGAGCCAUACUGAGUAUUCAUCUGUUUUGAAGUCUUGAAGCAGCACAGCUUCAGAAUACCAUCUUCUAGGAAGGCUUGCUCCUAUCUCCAUUCAUCUUUCUUCCUGUUUGCCCCUCAUCUCCUGUGCACACACACGGUAUACAUAGAUAAUUUCAAAAGCACUUCUGGGUGCUGUGUAGCUCCUGGGGUCAACGGAAAAACACCAUUCCUGUCUCAUAAUGUGCAGGAAUUGUUUGCCUCAGGCUCCAACAAAUGUUCACUGGGACAUUCUCCUCUCCCUCUUGAGUAUCUCUUCCAUGUCAUAAAACAUUUGGCUUACUUACUGGAUAAUAUUCUGUGGAAUUGUAUUCACAUAGAGAUAAUAGCGGCUCUCACUGUCCACACUUUCUGGAAACAUUUGGGGAUAUUCCUGUUCUGAUAGGCUUUCCCAGCUGGAUAAAUGAGUGUUUACUUUGCCCUGUUUACAACUUGCUUUUAAAUGCAUUUGCGUUCUUGACUUUUAAAUUAUUUUAUGUGCAAAUCUCCUUGAGACAUUAUUCCAGGUUGCAGUUGAUACAUUGUUGAGGGUGUCUUAACCCUGAAGCUGCUACGAUAAUGGGAAUACACAGUGGGUGAUCAUUAUGGGGAGAAUGGAAUCAUUCUAUGGGGUGAACAGGUCAUCUGUGGGGCUCACCUUAAGCACACAUUGCCAGUCAGCUGAGCGUUUAGUUGUGUUGAUCAUGGGGUGCAAUCUUAAAAUUAGAUCUGCCCUUGCAAAAUAAGAACAAUGUUUAUUCACUUCAUCUUUUGGAUAACUUGGUUACGGGUAUAGGAUGGUAUACAAAUUUAAUUGGUAGUAAUGAUAAUGGCUGGUGCCAACUCCAGGUGUUCUAUGCUGAUGCAGAUUAUCUUGGCUGUUUAGGGACGAAAAUUUCAUUGAGAGUUAGAAAUAUAGUUAGCAUCUUUCACUUGACAAUCCUUUUGGACCAUGUCUGUAGGCUUGAUAUUCUAAACACUCAUAAUAUGGGUUGGGGAGAAGCUGGCAUGGGAGAGGCAUUUUUAACCGAACUGCAUGUGUUACAGGUAUCUUUCUCUCUUGCCCCUACCACUGGUUCAGGGACAAUAUAUUUCUGAAUACAAGUUGCCAGAAAGCAGCAGCAACAGCAAGAAAGGGCUAUGUCUCACUUGUAGGCUUUGGGGUCAUCUGCUUGACCACUGUGGAAAGUAAGAUGCUGGACCACACAGAUGUGUUUGGCCUGAUCCAGUAGCCUUCCUGCAUUCAGCAUCUUCAUAUAAGAAGUACAUCAUGGCAUAUGGGUUAUCUACUGCGGCCCCUCCCCCUUUCUCAGUAGGUACAAAGGUGCACUUUCCAUUUGUUUCUUACCCAAAGUACUUUCAUCUGAAUAAUAAUAAUAAUAAUAAUAAUAAUAAUAAUAAUAAUAAUAAUAAUUUAUUAUUUAUACCCCGCCCAUCUGGCCGGGUUCCCCCAGCCACUCUGGGCGGCUUCCAACAAAACAGAAAUUCUAAAAUACAGAGAUUUUGAAAUACAGAAAUUCUAAAAUACAGAGAUCUGAAAAAACUAUGUGUUGUCAUGUUCAGAUUUUGUCCAUAAUAUUUACAGUUCCAAGAGAAAUUUGAACUUCUGGUCAAUAUCUCAAGAAGUAACUUGCCAGCACCUACCAUUCUUGUUUUGUUUUCUUCAUUUCCUUUAACUACGUUCAAUGAACAAUAUAAAUAAGAAGCAGUAAUUGACAAGCAAAAUGUUUUCCAGUGUCCUUUAUUCUGUGAUGGUGAGAGGUGAAUAAGAGGUGGUGUCAAGAAGUCAAACAUACCAUCAUGAUCUAUGUUAAGAUUAGGGCUGUAGGUGCAGUUACUAUUAAUAUGAGGACACAUUUAAGAGGGUUCUGUCAUUUGGGUUUUGCCCCCAAUGUGCAGUGCAACUAAAUCCUGUUGGUUUACAGCUUGAUGUGUUUAGUUGGAAGUAAGCAACCCAGCAUCUUUCUAAGUUCUGCAGUUUUGUUUUUAACAAAAAAUAAAUUCCUGUUUCUGAGAAGAGCUUUGCUACUUGGCUUCUGUAUCUCUUAUGUGCCAGUUUUUAGGAUUGUAAAACAUCAGUAAUUGUUACUUGAAUAAAAUCCUAAAUGCAAA